AUGAGGUUUGACAAUUUGGAAGGUGCAAAGGAACACUACAAUGUGUAUGCUCUGCAGCUUGGGUUUUUCAUCAAAAUGAGUACAUCAAGGAGAACUGGCGACACUCGAAUAUUGGUAAAGCAGCAAUUUGUUUGCAACAAGUUUCGAAAACCAACAGAGGACGAUGGAGGUGCAGAAAAGCCCCCUGUCCUAGACAAAAUUGUUGAUCAGGCAGAACAUGUUGACGAAGAUGAUGAUAUUGUCUUUCUUGAUGAUGAAAGGCGUAUGAUUGGCACAGAGCUGAUCGUCCCCUAUGGUACUAAGCACAUUAAAAACCUCAAGACAAUGUUAAACAAAGAUGCCACCAAAGAAGGAGAUAUGAUUGAGACAGUUGCCUACUUCAAAGAUCAACAAAAAGAUGAUCCAGACUUCUUUUAUAAGAUAAAGUACAAUGAGGAGGACAGGGUGGAGAACAUUUUCUGGGUUGACGGUGCAGCUAGGAAAGCUUAUGUCGAGGCUUACCACGACUGCAUCUCGUUCGACACUACAUACAUGACUAACAUGUACAACAUGCCCUCUGCACCAUUUAUUAGAAUUAAUAGACACGGGCAGUCGUUCAUGUUGGGCUGCGGCUUUGUUAGGCAAGAAAUGGCAACGAGCUUUGAUUGGCUGGUUGAGACGUUCCUUGAGGCGAUGAAUGGUAUAGCACAAACCAACAUCAUAACUGACCAAGACAUUGCGAUGGCACAAUCCAUCAAAAAGAUGUUUCCUACGAGUGUGCAUCGUUGUUGCCGUUGGCAUAUAAUGAAGAAGGCACAAGAGAAGCUUGGAUCAAUGUUGGCGCGAAACCCUGGUUUGUCGCGUGAUUUCAAUGAAUGUGUUGACUUCAGCUUGACACCAGAGGAGUUUGAGACAGGAUGGACUGCUCUACUGUUGAAGUAUGAGGGUAUGGUUGACACCGACUUUGAGAAUCUAUAUAACUACCGGGCAAUGUGGGUUCCUUGUUACUUCAAGCACUAG